AUGGCCUCCGUUAUCCGACGUUUCCAUUCUAGGGAUUCACAAGAUUAUAUUGUUAGACUGAAGAAAGAUAUUUCAGAGAGGUUAUCCCACGCUAUCGAGGCGGGGACAGGUCGGUUCGCUCCCCGGAACGACCUGAAGAGGAUUUGGACCCCGGAAAUACUCGGGGUAUUGGUUCUGGGAGGGUGGUGGGAUGGUUCCUUAUUGGCAUUCGUGGAAGAAAUCCACGCGCACUUCUUGCAGACAAUCUCAAUCCUCAUCUAUGUGGGUUGGGAUGACUGGUCGCGCUUCUACGAGAUCUUCUUCUCGCAUCGGGACGCUGAUGAGCAGCUGUGUCGAACCGAUCGUCGCAUCCCGGAAUACGACGUACAGACCCUGAAAAAGGACGAUUUCUUGGGGCCGAGUUUCGGAUCCAAGUUCUUCGAUAAUCGAUAUUUUUUCUGCCCCAUUGAUAUUGAGGAAGGCAGCCACUUGAAAUUUGGGGUGGGUUGGAAGUUACCGUUUCUGGCGGGCAAAUCCAGCCACUGCGGAAUUGGAGGAUCUGGAAUAGUCACAAAAGAGGUUAUCGCUGUCGAGCACUACCGCUCUGAAGCUGGAACUCACCUGACCGAGAAACAUGUGGCUCGCAAACUAUUCAAAUCCAAAGACGCCUACGAUAAGGAGGAUUUCAAUCUCACAAUGAUCAGUAAAUGCGAUAAUCAGAAUGUGCGCAUCAUCCUCCCUCUGGCAACGGUUGUCAUUGAGGGCCAGUAUAACAUGUUAUUACCCCCGGCCAAAAUGGAUCUCGACAGGUUUCUGACCGGAGAACUGCUGUCACCAAACGACUGCCACAUGGACAAACUGCUCGAGGAACUGAUAGGUUUGGGCGGCGCACUGGCCUACCUGCAUGAGGGACUCGGCCAGAAUAUUCGCACGUGCCAUGCAGACUUAAAGACCGCCAAUAUCCUGGUAUAUGACGACCUUGACUCAAAUGGACGGCCUGGGGUUGGGAAAUGGGCAAUAACCGACUUCGGACACUCUGUGAUUUAUCGCACAAGCGCUGGACAUCGAGACAGCGCAUGCUAUCUUCCCAAUGAGGCGUCUGUCUCCGACACUAUAGCUGAGUUGCGGGACAUGCGAGGCGUUUAUCAGGCACCAGAGGUUCUCCACGGUCAUAUGAUUAGUCGAACAAGCGAUAUCUGGUCAUUCGGCUGUAUCUUGGUCCGAGUUUUUGCCUUCAAACUGGACGGGGUCCAGGGGCUUCGAAGAUUGGAUGAACUCAGAAGGAAGGAGGAUGAUGAGGUUACGGAUUGUGCAGAUGACUACUUCUGCAAAGGGGGCUCCGGGUCGUCAAGAUUGAACUCGCAUGUUGAAAAGUGGAUCAAGAGAUUACCAGACCGCAAUACAGACUACAGUGGCACGUUUCUCGAAAAUUGCAAGGACUUGCUUUUGCGUAUGUUGUGCAUUGACAGGAAUCAUCGACUGCAGGCGAGUGAAGUCAUACAACGCCUAGAGGAGCUCAGAUCGAUCUUACACACCUUUUCUUUUGCAUCUCCAACGCCGAACCUACCGAGGGGCUCAAUUACGAGUUCCAGUAACUCGAUGCAAUCCCCCGGGCUAUCCGGGUCUGAUUGGUCGUCCAGGGUCAGUGUAGAUCAUACUGCUCCGAUUGGAGUCUUACCUCACACAAGAGGAAACACCGACGAUGAUAUUAUCAGGAGGCUUUCAAGUCCCAAUGCGGAGACUAGAAGCUCUAACAGAGGAUCUAACAUCCCUUUGUAUGAUGCCGUAGGGCAGGGAAGUGUGAAAGACGUCACUAGUCUGCUAAUGGACGAGGACACCCAGAUCGAUGAAAGGUGCCCCACGGGUGAAACGCCUCUGAUGCUGGCCGUACGUCUCGGCCGCAAGGACAUCGUUGGGCUCCUUCUGGGGCAAGGGGCAGAUUGUAGGGCUUACUCCGAGGAAGGGAUGAUGUGUCUUCAUUACGCGACCAGGCCUGACGCCAGCGUGGGGCUUAUGAGAUUGCUGAUUCAAAAGCUUCAACAUGUUGAUAUCCCGAUGGAAGGACUUACCAGGGAAACCCCCCUUAUGACUCUCAUCAAGCAGUGGGUACCAGCGACGGCCUCGUGUAAAGGCAAGUUUAGAGCUUUGGUUGACGCUGGGGCGGAUAUCAACCUACCUGAUAUAUAUGGAGUAUCGCCGCUGCAACAAGCCGUGGCACUGGGCUACAGAGAAGUUGUGGAACUGCUUCUGGAGAAUAACGCAGAAAUAAACGAAGCAGAGUUAUCCACAAUCGCUCAAACGAACGCUGUGGAGAAGUUGUGGAGAAACGCAUUGGAGGCGCGUCGGCACAGUGGUAGGAGUCGACAUUGGAAUCGCCUUGGGAUUCACCGGAGGUGA